CACACUAAAUUAGAUUGCCAAACAUUCUCCCUUACGAUGGCACGUAACUUCGUUCGACCCUCCGACAUCGACUGAGCGAAAAACCCUAAUCCCCAAAUCCCUAAAUCUGAUCCAUUUUUCUCUCUUUCUUCAAUAACUCCAGAAUUCUUUACAAUAUAUUCACCAAUUAAUCGGAAUAAUUUUCAUCUUUUAAUUUGUUGCUUUCUGCUCAACAAAUUUUCCUAAAUUCAAUCGAAUUUUUGAUUUGAUGGGACGAAACUCUUCUUCAACUUCACUUGCGCCGGGUUUUCGAUUUCACCCGACAGAUGAAGAACUCGUUUGGUAUUAUCUCAGACGUAAGGUUUCCGGGAAGCCCUUUCGCGUCGACGCCAUCUCCGAGAUCGAUAUCUACAAAGUGGAACCUUCAGACCUUCCAGGUAUGUCAAAGCUGAAGACUAGAGACCUAGAGUGGUAUUUCUUUAGUGCCCUGGAUAGGAAAUAUGGCAAUGGAUCAAGGACUAACCGAGCCACUAAUGAGGGAUAUUGGAAAACGACUGGGAAGGAUAGGCCAGUUUACCAUAGGUCUCUGGUUGUUGGGAUGAAAAAAACUUUGGUUUACCAUAGGGGCAGAGCCCCACGAGGCGAGCGGACCAACUGGGUAAUGCAUGAAUACAAACUCAGUGACGAGGUGCUGGACAAGGCUGGUUAUUUUCCGGACGGAUUCGUUUUGUGUAGAGUGUUUCAGAAAAGUGGGACUGGACCGAAGAAUGGUGAGCAAUAUGGAGCACCCCUUGUAGAGGAGGAGUGGGAAGAUGACAAUUCAAGAGCUCUGAUGCCGACCGAGGUAUCUUUUGAAGAUCCCUAUGUUGAUGAUGAUGCAUACAUUGAACAGAAUGAUCUGGACCAGGUUCUUGACUAUCAACUUGCAGAGAACGUUCCAUAUCCUGUUACGAUUGAUGAUCUCCACGAUAUUGCUGGUAUUGAUGAGUCUGUAGUAGGAGAGUCUGAAGACAAGUGUAGUUUGCAAGCUUUGGAUGGUCAGCAGUUCUAUGAUCUUGUGCAUGGUGAGAGCAGUGCAUGUGUUGUGAAGAAUGAGCAUAUGGCUCAACCAAAUGACAUGAACAAUGAGGCUCCUAUUGAUUUGCUUGAUGAACUAUUAUCGGGCAACGUGCCCCCUGAGGAUGGUUUAUUCCUUGAUACUGUUGACUUUCUGGGACCGGCUCAAGAGCCCCACGAUUUUGACCUUCUUGGCUCGUAUCUGGACGAUGAUAUUGAUAUUGGACCUUACCUGAAUUUUGAUUCUCCUCUUGAAGUGACGGAUAAUGAUGCUGAUCAAGUUUUCUCCACCAAGCAGCAUGUGAUUGAUGCAACUUGGCAAAUACCUUCAGCAAGUCAGCAACUACCAGAAACUGGUAAUGAUGGUAUUGCAUCAUCUUCCGAGCAAGUCAAGGAAUUGUCAAAGGCUAAGCCAUCUGAAACUGAUGUCCAAUACCCUGUCAUGAAUCAAGCAAGCCGUUUCUUGGGAAACAUCCCUGCUCCUCCAGCAUUUGCUUCAGAAUUGCCUUCCAAGGACAUGGCUGCACGUUUGAGUGCUGCUGUGCAGUCCUCUACCUCUGUUCAUGUAACUGCUAAUAUGAUCAGAAUCAGGGACAUGCCUAUCGGGGUCAGCGGAAGUGGACUUCAUUGGUCGUUUGAUAAGACUGGAAAUGUCAAUGUUCUCCUGUCCUUUGAUCUCCCUGAGGCUGUUAGCCCCGUGGGACUUGAAUCCUUCACUAGCUUGUUGUCUAGCAAGAUGUCUACAGCUGCUUCUCGGGGAUGGUUAUGCUUUAUGUUCUGUAUAGCCUUUGCUGCUAUUAGUAUCAAAGUCGGGACAUGCAUCUACGCCAAGUGACACUGAUUUACUAGGAAGAAUCAGAAAACAAAAAGAGCUCGUCUUUGUUAUUUAUUUCAGUAACUGAGAUACCCUUCAUUAGGCUUUGUCUUACUGCCCUAACCUAAAGACUAAUGUACGAUUGGUUCUUAAUACACUUGUUUGGCAAGUUGUUCAGUUUGAUUUA